AUGUUCGGCCCUCAGAUGUGGCAGUCCUGUCCUCCAUUGGACUCGACAUGCACAGGUGAGCACAGGAGUUUUUUGACCUGUAAGAAAUAGACUGAAAUCCAUAUUGAUGCCUCUAUAUGGUAAACAAAAGCAAACAAGACCAGCAGUAAUAACAUUUAUGUUUUUUUCCCAUAAUUUUUGAUGUCUAAAACUGGUGCAAGGAGGUACAAAGUCAGCACUUCAGCAUGUAAAGGAAAAGAUGAGCAAAGAUGACUUUGUCCACAGGGGGCACCAAAAUCAACACAGACCAAAGUCCCUUGUAGGAGCUUUAAACUUGGUAAUGCUGAGAUAAAAUGACUCUCCUCUCUUUUGAUUUCACUCAGGACUGAGCUGUCCACAGUGAUAUCAAGAUUUACAGGUGAGAUUCAAAGUCUGAUUUCCUUGUUUUUUUUUCGUGUAGAACCAGAUUAUUGUUCAAUAAUUUACUAAUUUAAUUUGAAUUUAAAUGUUCAGAAACAUUUCUCUGUCCACUUCACUGUCUUUGUUGUGAUAGAUCAAAAUGUAACUUUCACUAGGAUGGCAUGAGUUUCUUUAACACUACUGUGCGCUAUCUUCACUACACUGAUAUCUACUUUAACUGAGAUAAUUUAAACAAUAAACACCAACAGACUCAUUAUUCAUCAACCCUACUUGCUGUUAUCUUUUCACAAAGCCUCUAAGGUUACUCAAAGUCCUGUUGGUACCUCAUAAAAUAUAGACUGACGCAAAGCAGGAAGACUGGUGAAAUGAAAAUGUGAGAUUACAGCCAAAAUGAAAGAUUGCGCCUGAAGUUUUCAGGAAUAAUUUCUUCCGCAAGAAUAGAAAAUGAAUGCAUGUUGCUCUGCAGGUGUUAAAAUUAAAAUGAAUGAAUGUAUACCUCAUGGUUUCAAAACUAUUAAAGCACUAUUUUCAUGGUUCUGUUGGAUCUGUUGUUGGCUUAUUAAAGUUACAAUUACAAGCUACUCUCUGGUGAAUUUUAGUCUUAAACUUGUCUUCAUGUCUUGCCAUCAGAACUGCUGACCCUGUUCAAUCCUGCUCUGAUCACUCCUUCGUCAGAUGAAACAAACCUGUACACUCCUCAGUUUGUUCAACACAGGUACAAACACUCAUACCAGAAACAUUACACUUAUCCCCUUUGGUAUUUUCCAAUUAUUUCAUGUUAUAAUCAACAUGUUUCCAUGAUUUGUAGCUCAUUUGUGGAGCAGGCAACGGAAGUGUCUAUUUCCAUCCAUCAAAAUCAGGUAAAAAUCAAAAGUUCUAUUUCAAGUUAUCACAGUAUUAUCAGUUAAAUAUUCUUGUGGAAUAGAAUUACUUGCUUUGUUGAGAAAUGUUAAGUAUGUACUUUUAAAUGUUACAUUAUUGAAUUAUGAAGCUGCCAAAUGUGUGUAUAAGCAGCAGCGUUUUCAGUGUGGAUUUAGAGACUAUAACUGAAAGACAUAUAGCAUGAGAAAACAGAAAUACACAAAUGACGGAGAAUAAGAAAUACACUUGGGUAAACUGUGUAUUUAAGGUUUAAGAUUAUCUUGUUAAUUACAGACUUUUGGGAGCAGGUUAUUGCAAAUUACUAAAUUAUCUAAAUAAAAAAGUACCUUUAUUUUCCUGGUAAAGCUGCUGUUUUCCUUCUGUAGGAGAUCAGUGUGGAUAAAGACUGGAAGCUGCUUCUUCUCUUUGUUCAGGUGGACCAGCUCUGCAUCUGUGAGCAGAAGGUACAAACAAUUACUGAGAGAAAAAAAAAAAACAUGUACAUGUUGUCUUAAUAAAGUUUAAUCCAAGAGACAGAUUCACUCCUUUUUCUGCACAAGAUCCACUUUUUUAUAACUCUGAUCAAACUGAAAGCCUUUUUGAGAUAAAGUCUAGUGUUGAUAUUCAAUAAGUUACCUAAAAGAACAUAAACAAGGAAAAUUAAAGCUGAAAAAGUACAUUUAUCUGGCUCUUAUUUUCUCUCUUUUUCUAAUUUUGGUCCUGACAAGCAAAUUUUCAUAAAAAGGUUGAGAAUUUUCAAAUGGAGAACAAGUAAAAGUGAUGUAUCUGUGACAGACAGCAGUAAUGUCUGAAAACACCCUGAUAUUUCAGGGUUAAACAAAGAGUAGUUAUGGUUUCAGAGAGUUUGUUUUUUGUGUGCAGGAUCAGUCUGUGAUUGAAGACAUGGUUAAAGAGGUGGACGAGGCUCUGCAGCUGCUUCACUCUCAGGUAUAUUUCAGCUUCUAUUUUAAUAUUCUUUCAUUACCCUGAGUCAGGAAUAACCCCAGGUUUAACCUACUUCGCUUCUCUGUACCCUGUGCCACAGCUGAAGAGGACCAUCGUUAGCGUUGCAUUGUGGGAUGGAGAACACCAAAGUUGCAACAAGAAGUAAGUUCACAAGUACAAUUGCACUUUUUUUUGUGGUGAUUUUGGUGAAUCAUCAGAAAAUGUGUUAUUAAUCCUCACAACAGGCUUAAGAGUGACUUUAGGCGCUGUAAAGUCCCACUCCGAUUGUUUUGUUUUUUUUUCAUCUUUUUUUCUACUACUUUAAGUGUUGUCAGUGGUCUUUAAAUUGUGGUUAGGAAUUUUAUUUAUUUUUUAUUUUUAGCCAAAAUCACAUUACCUGUGUCAUUUUCAAGGGCUUUUCUUCUGCAGAGCUCCAGUAGCUCACUAGUAAUUCGCCUCUGAGUUGUGGUUGGAGACAGCGCUGCUCUGCACACUCAUCUUCACACUAGCUUGCAGCCUAACAUUGCCAGUGUAGUAGGAGUGGCAGGUGACACAGGAGCUGUUCAGCUCUCGGACACUAAUGUCUUUGGGGACAUGAUGAAAGCUCAUAUCAUGAUUAGAUUUCUUACGAGUAUUGCGGUCCGUUAACGCACACGCUUGUUCCGGGGGCGGAGCUUGGGUUUGCUACGUAGGAAAUCUCACUGUGUCUGAACCUGCUGUUUGGGUUUGUCAGAGAUUCACAGAGAUUUGAAAGCAGAAAUCCUUAGACAUACAACUUUGCUCUUACUUUUCUCAUGAUAUGUGCUGUAUUAUCAAAAAAUGCCAUAUGAACAUGUAGACUACAAGAAAAACAUGCUUUUCAUCGGGGUGGGUCUUUAGGAAAAGUGACAGCUCUGUAUGAGGUUAUUAACAAUCAAACGAUCCUAUGACAUAUUUAUAAGAACUUAUAAGCCGUAUUAUGUGGCUGUAAGUAAAGUGUCAGAAAACAUGGCUGACAACAAGAAUAUAUUUAAUGAUUAUAUUUUUUCUCUUUUGCAUCAGGUAUAAUCCAUUUUUAACUAUACUUUUAUAAGGCUUUAUGCUUGCUGCUUGUAAGACGUCACAAAACAGCUAUAAGUUGUUACAAAUGCUUAUCAUCACUCAUUCAGGUUAUAAAGAAGCAUUUAUGAGACUUUCAUAAAUGUGCUGAUGCUGUGUUAUAAGAGGUGGGUACAUAUAAGUGACAGUGAAUGUUUCAAUACUUCAACAAAGCUCAAAUGACCUGACACAAUAGUGGUACUAAUAGUAGUUAUAUAUGCAUAUCGUCCAAUCAAAAACAUGUAUGUUGAGCUUUAAGGGGAACUCUUUUUCAAAAACAGGGUCUGUCCAUGCAUGGAGUCAAAAAAUGAUGGAGAAGCCAGGAUGCAGAGAGCCAUGCUGAGUCAGGCUCUGCAGGUGCGUUCAUCAUUUAACCCAAAGUUUCAGUCAGAUGCAUUCAGUCCUACAGUUAUUCAACCUGCUAUGGCACUUUCAUUUGCUUCGUGGUCAUUUGUCUUUUUAACUUGCAGGAGUCCUUGGAUGAGCUCCUGGUGAAGAGGCAGUGGUACAGCGACAGAGAGGACUUCAGUGUGAUUCUGCAGGACACACCGAUCAUCGCACACACGUCAUCUGUUUCUGUGAGUCACAGGAAAAAUCAGUUUUCUUAUUCUUGGUUGGGUUUACUUUUGCAGCACAUAGAGAUGCGUCAGUAUCUAUUUUUGCUUGUUUCACACAGCAGCUUCAAGCUCCUCACAAAGGUUUUAAAUCAAGAAAAUCUAAAACCCAAGAACAGAUUUUUUUAAGAAAACGAAGUGACACGUGUGUUUGUGUUGGUAACAGAUACAGAGUCCUGGUUGUCUUACUGUACAUGUACUCUCUGUAUCAAACAUACAGUAUGAUACUGUUGAUGUUCUUUUCCAUCAGAAUGGGAAGCCUCUUUCUGGGUCACAGGCAUCUCAACAAACUGAUAAACUGCUGGUGCAGAUGUGGACAAACCUGGUGAGGAAACAUCCCUCUCUCUGUCAUUCUGAUAGAUACACAGACACACACAAAAAACACAUACAGAGCUGUUGUUCUCUGUGUGCAAACAUGAACACAAAGACUUUUCUGUCUUUCAGCUGCAGCCCACAAGCAGCCAACAUAACACAGAUGACAAUGGAAAGAUCAUCGCAUUGCCAUGUCCAACUGAGGUGAGAAACUGUUUGGAAAUGUGCAAACAUGCAAUUUAUUUCAGCAAAUUUAGGCCCACAAUCACAAACGAUAAACCUGGAAAUAGAUCCAAGCUUUCCAUAUUAAUCUCUUUUCUUUUUAUUUCCAAUCCAUCCUUUAUUUCCUUUGUUCCACCUCCUCUCUUUGGCUAUCUUCCUCCCUCCCUAAGGACCAACCCUUCCUGAGGACGGAGGGAAACUCUCCCUCAUAUCACCACACUGAUGUCUCCCCUCUUCUUCACCCAGUGAGUACAGUCUGACUCUGAGCUGAAUGGAGGUUGUGGUAGUGUUGUGUAUCUUUUAUUUUGUUCUCACGGUGGAUAUUUACUGUGUGUGUGCUCAGUUUACAGGCACAGAGAUGCCCUGUGUGGACUUCAGCCCCUCACCCUCCACACCUACUACAGGUAUGAUGGUCUACACAAAUAAGUUUUAAGGUGCCGGAGAGAUUUUUGGGCUGACACAUCAAUUUUUAUGACACUGUUUGAUAUAUAUAUCAAUCAGUUUUCAUCUUUGAUUUGGGGAUCAAUUAAUUAUAAUGAAAUGUACUUUCUGAUCCUGAUUCAUUAUUCAGAUAAAAAGCUACACUGCUACUCUGUGGAGUCUGAAACCACGACUUAAGGGCAGAUGAUAACUUCAAAGGACUUAUUCCGUCAACUACAGCUUUCAUUUAUCUAUUGAUUAUUUUAUUUUAAGGGGUAACACUAUAACAGUAAGUUUAUCCACAGGUCUGCAAUUCUGCAAGUAGCAUAAAAUCUUGCUCUGCCAACUUAAGGUUGAGCAGUCGAUUGCUGAUAUUAGUUGAAUUAGCUGCAUCUGUAUGCUGAGCUCAUAGGUAUUGGCUCAAACACAGAGUACUUCUGGGACAUUCCUGUUUGACACAAAGUCAGUGUUACCUUUGGCCUUUCAGUGCGUCCGUUUACUACAGUUGCAGCAGCAGUAAACUUUAAAGCUCCUGUGUGGAAUUUUUGGCUGGUUGUGAAACAGGCUAAAAUUAAAACUGCUUGCUUUGUAUGACCUGCAAGAGCGAACCAGAUCAUGAGGAGUGACUCUGGUUAAUUGUGCUGUUGAAAAAUGCCGUUAGGGGGAAGGUGUUAGCUGAACUGAAUAACUGGAUGCCAAUGAGACAGCUUUUUCCCAGAAUCAUCAUAGCAAAUAUUUAUAAUGAGAAAUGUAGAGUGAGCGUAUUUUAUUUGAAAGCGCUGCUCUUACAAAUCCAGGACAAAGACAGAGUCAAUAGUCAAUAAGACACUCCAGACACAGGGGGUGCCAAAUUUACCAUCAACCAAAUGUUUCUCACAGGACAAAGCACUGAUGCUGACUGUCUUAAUAUGAAUGUACUUGUUUAUUGUAGGGUUUUCUCUGUGUACAUACCAGAAUAUUAGAAUUGAUUCAUUUGGUGUUGCCUAUACUUUAAUAUUAUUGUUAAAUAUCCAACCUUUUACAAAACUGUCUGGAAAACACAUUUAAUAUUUGACUGAUUCAAGCUAACAAUAAUUAACUAGACAUAUUUUAAGGUUUCUUUUUUAUUUAAGUCUUUAUAAUCUGGCACGUUUUUUUUUCUUUUUACCCUUGAAUCAAUCAUUUCCAAUCUUAGUGUUCCUGUAAUGUUGAUAUUUUUUCUACAUUUGGAUAAUGUUCAAUAAAUAGUUUUUGCUAAUAUGUUGAUAGUUAGUACUUUAAUUAAAUUCAACUGUACAUUUUUUGCAACUAUUGCUACUGCAGUUCCUGUCCAUAGCAUGUUUCAUGACAAUCACGUCUGAGUUUUGUUUCGUCUUUACUUUUUUAGUCCAUGAACUUCGACCUGGAGAUAUCAAAGUGGUGGCUGCUGUGGGAGACUCUCUGACAGUAAGUGGAUCCGUUCUAUUGAUAAAUAUAGACGGAUUGAAACAACGGAAAAAGAGAAAUCAAUAAAAUACUGAUAUACUUUGUCUAAGAUGACUUUUAAAUAACUAUUUCUAAAUAAACAAAUCAACAAAUAAAUAAAGAUACAGACAGACAGAUAAAAACAGACUUGAUGGAUUAAUAGCUGUAUGUUUUUAAUUGAUCAACUAAUUAAUUGGUUUAUUCAGAGCUUAAUCUUCGAUUUAAAUCAAUAUAGGAAAGAGAUCUCAAAGCUAUGCUGGAUGUUCAGAACAUAUAUUUACAUCAACAAACUAUUACUGGAAAAAAACUAUGACAACAUAUUUUUUUAAUUUUGAUAGUAUGCUGCAAAAUCUUGAUUUGUCCUGUCAUCAUGUUUUCAAACUUGACCCUGUUCUGUACUUUAGGCAGGCAAUGGUAUACCAUCCAGCCCCAACAACAUCCUGGAUGUCCUGCAGCAGUACAGAGGAUUGUCCUGGAGGUCAGUCAACACUUUUUGUCAUAGCUAUCAGACAACAUUGCAGAAAGUGAUCAUAUUUUAGGUGAAAAGACAUUUCAUUUGCACAUCAACCAUCUUUUUUUUUUCAGCAUUGGUGGAGAUGGAAACCUCACAAGUGUUACCACCCUCCCCAGUGAGUGUUUUGAUGACAGAUUAAAAGUAUCUUUUUUGAUCGAUCAGGGCAAGUCAACUACACUGAAAACUAUAUUUAUCAUCUCUUACUGACAGAUAUCUUGAAGUAUUUCAACCACAACCUGACGGGUUACUCUCUUGGGAAGGGUAGGCAGCAAACUCCUCAGGCUUUCCUCAACCAGGCGGUGGCUGGAGCUAAGAGCAAGUGAGUCCAAACAGAUAAUGUUUUAUAGCUACAUACAUAUACAUAUACAUAUAUACAUAUAUACAUACAUAUACAUAUCCAAAUGUGUUGUGAAUAAUUUGAGGAACAUUGUUUCCAUUUAUGUGUUUUUAGGGACCUACUCCCACAGGUGAAAGCCUUGGUAGCAAGGAUGAAAAAUGACUCUGUAAGUCUAAAUAUUAAACCCUUUCUGAAUUUAUUUAAAAGGUAACAUUUAGGUUAGAAAGUAAAACUCCUUUAAUAAUUCUACAUACUCUUUAUGAUAAGUUGUGUUCUUCUCUUUGUGCAGAGAAUCAAUUUUGAGUCAGACUGGAAGGUGAUCACCUUGUUUAUAGGUGGAAAUGACGUCUGUGAUCAUUGCGACAAUUCUGUAAGUACGAAUAUGAAAGAAUAAUGUAGAAGUCAUCAUUCACAGGCAUGGUAAAACUAACCUGGGAUUGUUCUCCUUUCUCUGCAGCUCCUCUUCUCUGUUGACAAUUAUGUUCGUAAUGUUCGUGUCAGCUUGGAUUAUCUACAUAAACAGGUUGAAUACACAAGCAUGCUGCGACACUCUCACAUACAUACUGUUCUUUAUUUUUGUGUUUGAUUUAUCUGAGUCUCUCUCUUAGGUUCCUCGGGCUCUGGUGAACUUGAUAGAGCCUCUCCAUAUUGUCCCGCUGAGAGAAAUGCAUCUGGAUCCUUCAAUUAAAUGUCCAACUUGGCUUGUAAAGUGAGUAUCUUUUCCAAGCCUUUUAAACUGUAAGACCAGACAUUAAAAACAGUUAUCACUGCAGUGAAAUUCAACAUAGCUGUCUCUGGUUAUCCAAUUUAUAAUAAGCAGUGAAAAAAGUGUUUUUAUUAAUCUCUCCUUUACUUGACAGUAUUCUGUGUCCCUGUGUUAUCAUGCCAAAAGAAAACUCCAAAGCUCUUCAGCUAGUAGAGGACCUGAACAGAGGCUAUCAGGUAAGAAAUACAAAAAAAAAACAAAAAAAAACAAAAAACAAAAAAUAAGAACAGUAAAUCCUCAGGUAUAUAUAUCCUCAUUUUCUUUGUUUUAGCAAUCACUGCAUGGGCUCAUUGAAUCAGGCCGCUACGACACAAGUUCAGACUUCACUGUGGUCAUCCAGCCUUUCUUCAGAGAGGUCAUUGUUCCCAAACUACCGGUCAGUUACUAACUUUUGCCCUUCAUUCAAUUUCCCAUCUGGGUAAUAAAUAAAGUUCUUCUUAUCUUAGACACUCUGUGUGACUUCAUACCAGACUGAUGACAGUACCUUGUCCCAUUAUAUAGUGUUUUAUAGUAUGUAGAAUGCAAUGUAUAUUUGGUACUCUGUUUUUUGUCACUACUUUCUCAAAGCCGUUGGGAUAACACAGCUCCUACUAGGCAAUCUGAAUUUAUUGAAUUGUUAAUACAAGAGUGAUUUGCAUAGGCAAAACUACUCCCAUUCUGCAAGCGACUCUGUUUACUUCCACACCAUUGUGGUUUUUGCUCUCUCUGCUAAUAGAGUCAAGAUGUAAAAGGUUAGAGCCCAACAUGUCAACUGCUCUGUUGUUGUCUGCAAACAACAGAGGACCAAAUACAAAAAGCAGCUUCUUUUAAUUUUUAACAACAACCUGUGGGCUACAUCUAGGGGGCCAAUUUGUUUGUUUGUGCUAACCACCUUACUUUGGCCUGUUCCAACAAUGACAUGGGUCACACACAAAAAGCAAGAAAGUUGGAGUAAGUAACACUCAAUUUAAUGUCCAGCUCACUCUAUUGUAAUCUGUUCAGGUCAGAUUCUGGAUCAUUUGUGUAAUAAAGAAGCACAGGUUCUCCUGGUGCACUUGCCAUGUUUAUUUAGGUGUUUUUCCACCUCUGCAUCUGCCAGGCAGAUGAUCAGCAUAGAGCCUCAUUAUCAUGGUAUUCUCAUCUCCUCAGAUCUCUGCAUGGUUAAUGAGGUUAGGCUGCAGAUCCAUCACAGAGGCUGAAUUAAACUGAAUUCAAAAAGACAACUAGGACAUGUUCAAAGCUAAAAAUACCAUUUUAUGGGACCUAAAAAUAAUUGCCUAUUGAAUUUGUUGAACUUAUGUAGAGUUCACUUGGGCUCUUUGUGAAUAUAUAUGCAUAUUUUGUUUUAGGUAUGUGUAAUUGUGAUCAAUAUGGUUGUUUUGUUUGUGCUUAAGUUUUAUAUCUUCUGUAUAAUGUUUAAUAUAUAAAAGUUGAAUAAAAACUUCAAUUACAAAAAAAAAAAAACUUACGUAGAGUUCAACACCAUGUUUUACAGUUGCUUUCAAAAAAAUAGUCAACAUUUUCUGAGGCUCUUGUUUUUAUCAUACUUUUUUUUCACAGGAUGGCCGUCCUGAUCGCUCCUAUUUCAGUGCUGACUGCUUCCAUCUUAGCCAGAAAGCCCAGACACUAAUGGCUCGCGCCCUGUGGAACAACAUGGUAGGAGUUCAUCUGUUUAGUUAUUAGUUAUUAGUUUGAGCCGAGUGUCAUCACAGCGGCUCCCUGCCACUCUCCCGUCUAAUGUGUGCAACGCUACUGCUCGAAUGGUGGAAUGUGUACGACACUGCGCAAGUGGUGGUUCCAGGAAGUGGAGAAAAUCCCAAAAAUACAGAAAGCGAUUCGGCUUCAAAUGCAUAUAAUUACGGAAGGUGGAUCUAUAGUAUAUACAGUCUAUGGCAUCUAUGAGUAGUAAACUCACACAACACAAAACAGCAGUAGGAAGUGAAAUAAAAAACUGCCAGCUUAAAUGUAUUGUAAAUGAAUUCUUACAAGGAAUUUUCUACAGGCAUUGAAUCACUCAGUUGGUAGUUAAAUAGUUGCUAAGAAAUUAAUUUUAAAAAAUUGCAAAACAGUGUUAAUUACAAAGAUAGUAGACUAGAGCUUUUGGAAAACCCAUCAGCCAGUUUAUGUCAGCAUUCAGGAGCACUCAAACAGUAACUAAAAGUAGGUAAACUAAUGAGUACAAUCAAAAGAUUAGUACAAUCAUGACCUAUUUGCUCCAAGUGAACACCAUUAAGGUAGCCUUUCUUAUUACAUAAUUAAAAAAACGAAUUUACAAAGCAAGCUGGUGUAACAGUUCUGUUUAACUCCAAGCAUUGCUGUAGAUUGUCACUCUCUAAUGUCUGUUUUACAAAUAAUACUAUCCGAGGACAAAAACCUGCUUUUUUAUGGUUUUAAUUUCAUGUUUAUUAAGGUAAUUCAUGUUUACAGUACUGAAUGAUACACUGGGGUCAUGUUUACUCUGUUUCUCUCCAGCUGGAACCUCUGGGUAACAAGACUACCACACAGGAUUUUUCGACAGAUAUUGACCUAAAAUGCCCAACCAAGGUAAGAAAUGGUGUCUAAACAUGCCACAGAUUCAGUCUUGUAAGGUCUUUGCCGCAAAACUCUGUGGUAGCUAACUUUUUAUGUAUGCUCAUGCUUAGUGGCUAAAUCUUUGAAUGUAUAUGUUUUUAUGUUUUUUGCCUAUGUGUGUCCCUGACCUCCAUCGUGUAGCAUAUUACUGUAUUCUCCUUUGUCUGUAGACCUCCCCAUACAUAAGGACCUACAACAAUAGCGAGUACUCAUAUACUGGUCCUCCACCAACACCUGGGCCUAUCACUGUAAGCACAUAAACCCCAUCCAGGACUUUGUAUAAAAAAAAGAAAAGGUUUUGACAUUGUCAAUAUCGGUUCAUGCUUCUUUUCCUUAGAACUGGGGAAGCGACUUUUCCUGCAUGGACCUUUCUCCAUCUGAUGCUGUGCCCUCCUCAGGUAAAAUGGACAGCCAGUUUAAGAUUCAAGUUAGUUUUUUUUUAUUGUAUGGUGACCUAAGCUUAUGAACAAACAGGAUUUACAGGUUGGAUAACAGUGCAGAGUGUACUGCACUGAUAGAUUACAAUUGUCAUAAUGUUACUGACAAGAUAAUCUAAAGACGUUUUCAAUGGACAGCAAAUGUUCAUAGAUGUUGGCGUUCAUCUUGAUGCCAGCGGGAAAAACAUCUUUUGUUGUUUAUCUGUAGUUCACAUGCUGAAACCAGCAGACAUAAAGGUGGUGGCAGCACUGGGAGACUCAACAACGGUCAGUGUCUUAACCAUUAAAUACUUUUCAAAAACAGUGAGAUGAUUAUUGUAAAGUCACUAAUCUUUGACCAAACUGAAGCACUGAAAUACAAUAAUUACAGUACAAAUGAAGGAACAAAUGUAUUUGUAAUGCAAAACAUUGCAUGUGUGAGUCCUGAAGUUAAAAAUUGAUCACAUGAUAUUUGGCCUUAACGGUAAACCUGUUGGUAUCAGCUGUUUGGUGUCAUUGAACUAUGAACUAUCUAAUCCAUUUGCUAUCAGCCAGAUAACAAAUUGCACCAUCGAUAAUUGUUCCUUUCAAGUUAUGCAGUAUUGCCUUUGAUGUAAUAUUUAUCGUUAUCACAAACCUGUUGUCUCCUGAAGCACUUUCAUUUUGUUUCUUUUUGGCCUCUUUGUUCUCUUUCCACAGACAGGCUCAGGUGCCAAAGCUAAAACUGUGUUUGACCUCAAGACACAGUAUAGAGGAGUAUCAUGGAGGUAUGACAUGCCUAUAGCUUUAAUGAGGUUUAUUCACAUCACUUUUUGCAGUCCAGGCUGAUAUGUACUGUUUUAUCCUGCAGCAUUGGAGGAGAUGAUGCUCUCGAGACCAUUACAACACUACCAAGUGAGUGUGUUUGGCAAAUUAUAAUUUCUAUGACUCAUUUUAUCUUAGAGGAAUAACAAUCUCUCCAGUAUAACUCUGAAUUUGAUUGGUUUGCUCUCUGCAGAGGGGCAUUAUUUUUAGUAUUGGAGACCUCACAGCAAUUUCUGACUUUUAUAUGGAUUAGUUCUCAAACACUGGGGUUUAAACAAAACACUUGGGAAUUACUUCAAAGACAGAAAAACAAAUAACUUAAGGGAACCAUAUUCAGUCAUUUCCAGAUGCUGUUUUCUUGUAGGUCAAAAUCAGUCCACCAAAUUAUGUCUUACCUGGCUUAUUCAGCCAGUUAGACAUAAAACACCUUAAUUGAAACGACUACUGAAAGCUUAAUUGAGAAAUUUGUCAUUUCUGUCAGUUUUGGUGCUCUCCUGUGGACAAAUAAUUCUUGUAUUUCUUGCCCUCUACAUGCUUAAAUAGUGACUUUUGAUCUUUUUUUUUCCAUCCUGCUGACUUUUGACAGUGACAAAUUUCAUUUAUUGAGUGAUUUAUGUGCAAAUUGUUAAAACUGUUAGACUGACACCUACCCCUUCACACCUGUCUCAGGUAAAGAAAUGGUCAAUCUUGUUGCUGAUAGUCUCAUUUGCCUCAGGGAUUCAUGCAUAGGCAUCAGUAUGAAUUUCAGUGUAUUUCAUAAAAGUAAAAAUAAAAACUCCUCAAGGAGCUUUAAUUAAACCAUUACUCUUUAUUUUUAUCAAGGUACAACACUGCUGUGACUACAGACAUAUCACUGUGAGCUUUUUUUAUCAUCGUUCCAUUAUAUUGGUUUUUCUAACAUGAUUGGCACUGAUAAAUUUCUGACACCAAGACUUUAAAGUACACAGUGUGAAAUUAUACAGAUAUUUUUUCUUGCAUGGCAGCAGGUGUGGCAGGACAAGAAACACUUCCUGCUACAGUGUGAUAAAGAAGUGGUGUAAUACUUUUUAGCUGCUUCUUAACCUCUAUUUCCUCUUCCUGUCCACAGACAUUUUAAAGAAGUUCAACCCCUCCCUGAAGGGCUUUUCUAAAGGCACUACCCAAAGACAGAGGGCCUUAAACAUGGCUGUACCUGGAGCUAAAACCUCGUAUGUGCAUAUUGUUUUUCCCUCUACAGCCAGGUAAAGCUUUCAAACAACCCCUUGUCAUCUACAUGUAUUCCUGUUUGUUGUGUUACAGAGAAAUCCCAGCACAAGUUCAAGCUCUUGUUAAGGCCAUGAGAGAAAACAAGGUGACACUGAAACCCAGUUUGAAAUAAUUCAUUGAUUGAAUUUACCUCAUUCAUGCUCAUUUUUGGACACCUGGUCCACAGGAGGUGAACUUUGAAGAGGACUGGAAACUUGUGACCAUAUUUGUGGGAGGAAACGAUCUCUGCAAUUACUGCAUUGAUCAAGUAAGUUGAUCCUAUCUGUCAUUCUUUUUAGUAUACAAGUAACUCAAUAGUCUGGGUCAUAAAACCACAAUAAUAAUAAUAUCCCAUUUUUCAUCUCUUCAGAAUAAUCUGUCACCUAAAAACUACAGCCACAAUCUCAUGCUCAGUUUGGACAUGUUGUACAAAGAGGUAAGAUAUUGAACUCUUUCAAUCACUGUCUUCUGCUCUUCUGGCGAGUGCAUUCAGCCAGGCUUUUGUUUUCUCCCUCUGUUUCUAUAGGUACCAAGGUUGCUAGUCAAUGUUGUGGAGAUCUUCCAGAUAGAUACACUGAAGACAGUGAAGAAAAACACACUCAGCUGUUCCCUCAUGCAGAGGUUAGUUGCUGGUAUUUUUUAUUUUUUUAAUUUAUUUGUUAAAAAGGUGACAUGGUUUUAAAUAUUACAUUCCAAAAGGUACAUCUUGCUUAAUCUUUGUCCCUCUCAGUAUGCUAAAGACCCUGCGGUGCCCCCAAAACCCUUAAAGAUCACUUAAGCUUCUUCAGCUCAUUAUUUUUAAUUUACAGCUUGUAACCUCAAUAUUUUGCUCUGACAAAAAGAGUUAGCAAACUAGUAGGAGAGUUGCAGCUGCAGAGAUGGUCAUUUAGCUCAGUAGUAGAAGAGGUAUGUAUGUUAGACCCUGUUUUGGUUGUGCUGCCCCCUAGAGUUCAAAACAAAUUUGUAGUUUUAAAACUAUAUAAAAAUUCACUACAGGUACAGUAUAUGUCAAUUUUAAAGCACUUAUCUGCAUCCAGAUUUUAUGAAAACAUUUAAAAUAAAUAAGCUUUCAGUGUUGGAAAGAUCAAUACCAAAUUUAUUCAAUGGUUGCUUAUAUUGUUACUCCAAAUCAAACAUUUCAGAGCUAGUUUAACUUUAUAUCAACUUAAAGUUAAUCAAACCUUUUUAGUGGAAUGAAAUGUUUCUGGAAAAUUGGAGAUGAACCCCACUGCAUUACACAUCAAUCUAUUUUCAGUCUAAUUGUCAUGAAAAAUCAUUGCACUUACUCUUCUUUGUUUUUAUUAUUAUUAAAUAAACUAACUGAAAAAAUGCUGUUUGGUUACAGGACCAGCUGCCACUGUGUCAUCAACCCGGAUGAAAACUCCCCAGAAAUUGAAGUUAUAAAACGCAUUAAUCAUGAGUAUCAGGUUAAGGAUUUUACAUUUUAAUUCAGAAAUAUUGUUAAAAUGUGGUCCUCUCUAUCAGUUUUUAAACUUUUUUUUUUUGCCUCCCAGGUUGAGGUCCAGCAGCUCAUCUCUGGAAAUCGCUAUGAUGGAAAAGAAGACUUUGCUGUUGUCCUUCAACCCUUUUUACAAAAUUCCUUCAUCCCUCAAAUUGGAGUAAGUGGAAAUGCUUUCAAAAAGGCAUCCUGAAAUUAAAACAAAGGCAUGGAUUAAAAAAAAGUUUCCAUUCUUUAACAGGAGGGGGAGGCCGACACCAGUUUCUUCUCUGUGGACUGUUUCCACAUCAGUGAACGAGCUCAUGCUGAGAUGGCCAUUGCUCUGUGGAAUAACAUGGUGAGUGUAAAAGAGUAAUACAUCUAAUUAAAGCUCUACAAUACAGUGUGUCUGAGUGUGUUUAAGCUUAACACAAUGUAUCUUUUGGUGUUGACAGUUGGAGCCUGUGGGCAGAAAGCAGGCGUAUAACAACUUCACAUAUGACCGCUCCAAGAUUCACUGUCCCACUGAGGCAUGUGAAAUCAAUGAUAAACUACGAUAUAGUCUUUUAACUUCAAAAAACAGCAGUUAAAGUUUGACUAGAACUUCUAAAUUUUGUAAACAUCUGUUGUUGUUUUUUUUAUUCCUGCAGGUCAAUCCCUUCAUCUUCACUAAAGUUAACAGUUUACCAGGUCUACCAGUGACCACCACCACUGCCAGCUCUAUGACAACCACCACUACUGCCAGCUCUAUGACAACCAGCACUGUGCCUGUGUGCCCUCCCUCAUUGCCUGUGUGGGUUCCAGUGGUUGUCGGGAUCCUUGGUUCACUUGCUGGCAUAUUUGUGGCUUGGCUCAUUCUAUCCAGAUGUCACAAUCGAAAAAACAAAAAGGAAAAAGCAGUAGAAAUGAAAGGAACUGGUUUCUAA